GCAGUGGCUGGCGGAGGGACGUCACGGCGUCCUCCACCCUCUUCCGUGCUGACCCUGCAAGGUCUCACGAGAGUGCCACUGGGUGCUUCGGCGCGUAUACCUGUGUCCGCGCGAUCGCCGGAAAGCAGAGCCUCGCUGAAUCCACGUGCAUUUGCCACCGAACUUGCCCACGGCUUCGCGUUGCACUUGAGUGCGAGCCCAGACACG